AUGCCCUUCCUUCCGUCGUGGUUUCCCUUCGCUGACUACUUCGGCUGGUGCGGGCCCGCCAGUCCCUAUGGCCCUCACCCCCAUGUUAUGCCUCCCUUGAUGUCCGUCCUGCCGCCCCAGAGACCCACAUUCAACCCUGCCGCUGAUUGGUUCAGGGCAGCAGCCAAUCACUUUGCAGCCGCAGCCAUGUAUGCUGACAGUCAGAUGCAGUCCAAUGCUUCAUGUCAAACCAAUGAGGCAGUUAAAACUACAGAGGCAGCAGCAGCAACACCUGCUGCUGGUGCUGGUGCUUCCUUCAAUAGCAGGAGAUCAGCACAGACGAGCCUCUAUAGUCCAGUGCUACCCAAGUCGGAAGCCUCUAGAAUUCCCGCCAAAAUAGCCCCCUCCAUGCGAACUAAGCCGCUGGUGGCUGUUAAUGGUACCCCCGUCUCUGCUGACGAACCGAAUUUGCCAGGGCCACCACCACCACCGCAACAUCGGGUGACAGGACAAUCACAGGGCGCUUCAAAUUCACCCAGGCCAUCAGAGUCGCCUCUCACGCUGCCAGGAGUCAGCGCUCCCACGGAGGACAGUCGGUGGAGCAGCGGUUUUCGAGAGCGACUCUUUGAGGACCUCGAGCUGCCUCAGGAUCCGGCCCUGAUCUUACCUGACUACUUAGAUUUCUACGCUCGUAUUAAGGGUCUGCUGGAGCUCGAUUGCAGUAUUGUGCUUCCCCUGCCGCCCGGCUGGUCUAUGGGUGUCUCCACCUCUGGUCGGCAUUUCUACAUCUGCGACCGCACGCGCAACACUACCUGGCAACAUCCCGUCGUGGCACCACGAGUCCCUCUGGGCUGGGAACGAGUUGAAAUGCGCCAGGGUUGCGUCUACUACCGUCAUCUUCUCAUUCCGCAUGCUCAACGUCACCAUCCCGAUCUGUGGUUCCCUGCAAACCUCAAGAAUCUCGAGAACGAACGUCAAGGUUGGUUCUUCGACCUACGAAAACUGCAGGAGUCUGUACCCAACUUUGAAAAAGGGAUUUCAAAACUAAUCGAAGCCUACGCAGAUACAAUGGACGCGGCAGAGGAGGCAGAGUUUAUCGUAAGUCUCUCUAUGUACAUUUUUCCAAAAGAGUUAAGACUCUCCUUUGGAGAGAAAAAAUGCUAA